AUGCAACGAGCGGCCUACGCGCAGUCGCCCCCCCUUCACCACCCAGUUCCCCAGCAUGUCUCGACCGUCCCUCAACUAAGAUCGCCGCCUCCUCCUCCAGGUUCCGCGCAGUCGCAGCAGGGCUACGCUGCUAAUGCCGGGGGAAACCCAUAUCAGCAGCAGGGAGGCACCAGCGGCAAUGUGUUUGGCGCAUAUGGCAACUUUAUGAACGAUCCCACAGCGCAGGUGGCGGCGCAAUUCGGCCAGACAGCGUUUAGGCAUGGGCAGGAGUAUGUGGAACAGAACAUAGGUCGAUAUGUCAACGUUUCCGCUCUGAAACACUACUUCAACGUCUCAAACUCGUAUGUCGUCAACAAGCUCUUCCUCGUCCUUUUCCCCUGGAGGCACAAGCCUUGGUCGCGAAAGCAGGCCGUCGGACAAAACGGACAGGAUGGCUGGUACCUACCUCCACGAGACGACAUCAACAGCCCCGAUAUGUACAUCCCAGUUAUGGCUUUGGUAACAUAUAUCCUUCUCUCGACUUUGAUCGCCGGUCUCAACCACCAGUUCCAACCAGAACUUCUCGGAAAGACAGCCACGAUCAGUCUUAUCGUCGUUAUCGUCGAGAUCUUCUUCCUCAAGCUUGGAUGUUAUCUCCUGAGCAUCUCUAGCCAAUCGCAGCUUCUUGAUCUGAUCGCCUACUCGGGAUACAAGUUUGUCGGAAUCAUUGUCACUGUUGUUGUUGCCGAGAUACUUAACGGUGGCAAGGGUACUGGUGGUUGGGUCGGCUGGCUAAUCUUUUUCUACACCUACCUGGCAAACUCGCUCUUUUUGAUGCGAUCGCUCAAGUACGUCCUUCUCCCCGAGACUACAGCUGGCGUUAGUGGCGGACCUAUGCAGACGGACUCUCGGGCCAAGCGCAGCCAACGCACCAAGUUUCUCUUCAUGUACUCCUACUUUGUGCAGCUCUUCUUUAUGUGGAUUCUCACUAGAGCGUGA